AUGAACCUGCUUAGUCAGCCCACAAGGCUCAUAUACCGGAAAGAAAUAUGCAAACACAAAGCUAUCACAAAUACGCAGCAAAUUCUCUCUCUCUCUCGCUGUCUCUCUCUCUUACUCUCUUUUUCACUCUCACCUUUUUCCCUCUCUCUCCCUCUCUCUCUCGCACUGUCUUUUUCUCUAUCUUUCUUCUUCUCUUUUUCCUUCACUCUCUUCACCUCUCUCUCUCUCUCUUCCACCGUCUCUCUCUCUUGCUCUCCCCUCUUUCUUUCGCUCUCACUCUCGAUCUCUUUUUCUUUUUCACUCUCACUUUCUCUCCCUAGCUCUCCCCGUCUUCCUUUCCCUCCCUCUCCCCUUUCUUGCGCUCUCUCUUCCUCCCUCUCUUUCUUCUCCCUCCCUCGUUCUCUCUCCCCUCUCUCUUUACCUCCCUCUCUUGCUCUCCCCACUUUCUUUUUCUCUCACUCUCGAUCUCUUUCUCUUUUUCACUUUCAUCCCUUUCUCUCCCUAGCACUCUUACUCUCUCUCUCUCGCCCUCCCUCUCCCUCCUCUCUCGCUCUCUUUCUCCCUCUCUUUCGUCUCCCCCCUCCCUCCCUCUCUCUACCUCUCUUUCUUUCCCUCCUUCUCUUGCUCUCCCCUCUUUCUUUCUCUCUAACUCGAUCACUUUCUCUUUUACGCUCUCAUUUCUUUCUCUCCCCAGCAGUCUUACUUUCUCUCGCCCUCCCUCUCCCUCCUCUCUUUCUCCUUCUCUUUCUUCUCCCUCCCUCACUCACUCUCUCUACCUCUCUUUCUUUUCCUCCCUCUUUCUUUCUCUCUCACUCUCGAUCUCUUUUUCACUCUCAUUUCUUUCUCUCCCUAGCACUCUUACUCUCUCUCUCUCCCUCCCUCUCUCCUCUCUCUUUCUCCCUCUCUUUCUUCUUCUCCCUUCCUCGCUCUCUCAUUUCUCCACACUCUCCUGCUCUCCCCCCUUUCUCUUGCUCUCACUCACGUCCUCUCUCUAUGUCUUAUAAGUGCGUAAGUAUGCGUGAGCAUGUGCGUGUGUUUCUUAUUUUCUGCUCUUCUGAAACCGUGUCUGUAACCAUCAUGCAUGUAUGUUCUUUGCUUUCAUCUCUCAAACUCACACUCACUCACUAUCUAUCUAUCUAUCUAUCUAUCUGUCUGUCUGUCUAUCUAUCUAUCUGA